CUUCAUACCUUGCUGAACAUCUUUUCUUUAUCGAAAGAUAACAUAAGAAAUAAUUAUGUAGUUUGUCUAAAGGAAUUCACUUGACCUAAAAUUACUUUAUUUGAAACUUGAACAUUUCUCACUUUACAGAUAGAAUAGAUAAGAAUUAUUGAUCUACAUAUAUUUUCUUAUUUGGCCUGUUUUUGGUUUGUUAACUACAGUGACCUGAUGGUAUUAUAAUAAUGAAAUAAAUAUAUAUAUGUGAGCAUUGUUAAUUAACAUUACUAACUUGGUUCACCAAUUCCUAAUGUCCAGUAUCAAACUAUCAGAAAUAUCUGUUGUUAGAUGUUAUAUGCGCGAUGAAAUGAAAAGAGAUGCAAUGAAGAUAUUACAAAAAGCAAUGAAUCGUUUUACAGAGGAACGUGAGGUUGCAUCUUUCAUUAAAUCUUACUUUGAUUCUCAUUAUCAUACACAUUGGCAUUGUAUUGUUGGAAAACAUUUUGAUUGAAUGGAUGGGAUUUCCAGUGUAUAUCAACCAGUAAUAGAUUUGUCAUUGGUUGUUUCUGA